AUGCAGGACAGCCGACGAUUCAGGGUCCAACCGACCUCGUCCUUCUUCCAGAAUCAUUCUUCGUACCAAACAGCAUCAUCUCAGGCGAGGAUGCCGCCUACACCCUUUCAGCCGAGUCAUCAGACUCCCUUCAAGUCGACCGUCUCAACCUCGCAGCAGUCGCGCAUCCACCACACGCCUUUCGAAGGAGCCUCAACGGACUCUCAAGCUCCCAUUUCGGUCUCUGACAUUGACCCUUCGGAAUGGAAGUACCACGCAGAAGGCGGCAAGAAUCUUCUUCUUUCUUUUGAUCCCGCUGGAGGCAUUCGGGACGGUCAGGGCCCAUUUGCGACGUCUGAAUGUACGUACGCCUUGCGUAUUCGCAAGAGCCUACCUGCUGACGCGGGAUCGAACCAGGAUGAAGAGGAAGAAGCGGAACAAUUCACCCAACACGUCGUCCAACCUCUCCUUGGAAGUUCUUACGUCCUCCCGAGAUGCAUCAAGAUUCCCAUCCUGACAGCUCGCGAUCGAGACAUCAUCGAAACCCUCUCUGCGCGCAUAGAGAUGCAACGUCCUGCAGCCCGCCGUGCCCACCCUGCUCGCAUUCGAUCCGAAACCCUGUCUUGCAUCUACGCUGUAGAGGAUGUAACUGCGCCUGUCCUUGCAGAUCCUUCCGCGCAACAAGAGGUACUGUGUGUAGAGAUCAAGCCAAAAUGGGGCUUCCUAGCCCGUGUCGAUUCGAUACCGCCCAGCUCACCCAAUCUCGAGAUCAAAGCUAGAUACUCUCGAUACCGCAUGCACAGGGUGACGAAGCACGCAGUCAGCGACAGUGCCGAACAUAUGUCGCUACAAGACUUUGAAAGGCUGUACGACCCACUCGACCUCUACAGCACGGACGCGACAAGGAAGCGUAAAGCAGUCGGAGCGCUGUGGCGCGACUGGAUCGAGACGGGAGGCAAGACCAACAAUCUGCGCCUGUUUUGGAAUGGUGCCGUUGUGGGACCGCAAGACACGAAGUCCCUCGACUCCAUUGCGCGGUUCUUAGGUGCAGACAAAGCGGUAGCUGGAGAUCUGGUGGAUGUGCUCGCAAAGCAUAUUGUAGACGAGCUGUCGAAGGCAAGCCUUCCAUCUCGCGGCGAAUCCGAAGCACCGGUGAGCAUACUUUCACGCCUAGCACACCUUCAAUCCGCACUCGAUCCACUCGACGUAGAAGGAUUGGCACAGCUCUGGCUCUCUCGCACCCAAUCACACAUCCUCGGCCAAGUUCCGCCCGACGUGGACCUUCCACCCGCACUCACGCGCAACCUUCCCGCCACAGAGCUGCUCGCCGUACUCGAACCGUUCCUCUCCGUCUCCGACAGACAGGUGACCUUAGAAGACGCAGUGCAAGCAUUCCUCGUCGCGGCGACGUUCAAGGAUUGCUCGAUGCUGCUGCGCUUCCACCGAUCCAACGAGGGGGUCAUCGGGGAGACGAAGCUGGUGGAUUUGGACAGCAAGCCGUUCAGCAAGUUGAGUGGUAUGCAAAAGACGGACAACGAAGUGUGUGCUGCUUUCCUGGCUUGGUUGUCGAGUUGCGAAGGCUCGCCAGCUGCCUCGAUGGCGCCGUAG